AUGUCUGAUAAAAUAAGCUCUUUACCGUUAGAAAUCAUCCUUCACAUUCUCUCUUACCUGCCUCUUGAAUCAUUGCUAGCCUUUGGAGAGACAUGCCGCAGCAACUUUGAGUCGCAUAAUCUGUGCCUCAGUAACCUACGGUUAGGUGUCUUUGAGAAGCGCUCUCAUUCGGCUAUCUCCCUACUACGAGCUGGAUGGUUGACACCAGAACAGAUGCUGGAGGGCUCAGCUGAUAAUGUCCGGGGCGACAGCUAUAGAAUAUCAAUCAUUCAGUCAGCAGCAAACCACGAGGCCUCGCCGUUGACCUACAAGCCCGCAGUGAAAGUCAAGGACCUCAAAAGACGAAUACAUCUGACGCAAGAGACAUCCCGGACCCAUGAGCAUCCAGUUCCUGAACAAAAUAGAAUCUUGGCGCAGGUGGUCAAUCGUUACGGGCGAGGGCUCCGAAAACUCGAGUUCAUGGCAUAUAAUCUCGACGUCACGGGCGCGACGGCUCUGGCUGUUAAUAGCCGACAUGUUCUCAACCACCUUGCGCUGCGGUUUGAACAUCCACACAUUCGCGAUGGCUCCAUGCGACCAAGUGCUUGGCUGAGUCCCGCACCGGGGAGUACUGCGUGGAACUCUCUGAUCGGGAUCGGACAGCCCACGCAUUAUGGGCCCCGCGGAUUGCAGAGUCUAGUCAUGGAGCGAGCUGGUAUCACUCCCUGGCAGCUAAUGAUGUUGGUCAAAAGAAACCCGAAUCUGAGGUUACUCAAGUUGAGGACGUGUCGUGGAGUUCAGCCUGAAUUCCUGGAUUGGCUGGGUGGCAUCGAGGGAGAACUCGACGACUCGAACAUGGACGAUGACAGUCCAGCCCCUGGAGCAAAGUUGGAAGUACUCUGGCUGGAAAAUUGCCAUGAUAUACUCCUCUAUCAUGUUGAAAACUAUCCUUGCCUACCUGACGAGGCUUGUGACCUGGGGCUUGAGUGGGUGAGAGGUUUGAACAGCUUAAAGUCUCUCUCGUUUAGCGAAAGCGGGAAUCUGCCGCCCGACUUCAUUAGGCGAGCAAAUGAAACUUUGUGGAGAAUCCCAGAAGUUAUUCUACCAUACACGUCGAAUGGGGACAAGGCCCUCAUCGAAGUUGAUCCACUGCCUUCAUAG